GAGGUCUCUCUCGCUUCUCCUAAGCGUUUCAGACUUUUUUUUUUCAAUUCUAUACCACUCUUCAUAAAGAAUAAUGUCAGGCAGUUCAUAUGGACCUUUGACCUACUGGGCAGGUCUUUCUUUCAGCUUACUCACUAUUGUUGGACUUUACAUGCUCUUCACUGGAUCCGGUGAAGAGUUCAAUGUCGGUCGACUCUUACAAGAAACUUCACCUUAUGCUUGGGCCUUGACUGGUAUGGGUCUCUGUAUCGGCCUAUCUGUUACUGGUGCAGCUUGGGGCAUUUUUAUUACAGGUUCUGCUUUAUUGGGUGCCGCCGUUAAGACACCUCGUAUUCAAUCUAGAAACUUGAUUUCUAUUAUUUUCUGUGAAGUUGUUGCUAUUUAUGGUGUCAUUAUGGCCAUUGUCUAUUCCGCUAAAUUGAGUGAUGUUCCUCCAGAAGGUCUUUAUACGACUUCCAAUUAUUUUACAGGUCAUGCUAUCUUUUGGGGUGGUUUGACUGUAGGUAUCUGUAAUCUGUUGUGUGGUAUGUCUGUGGGUGUUACAGGCUCAAGUGCUGCUUUGGCCGAUGCUCAAAAUCCCGAACUUUUUGUCAAGGUACUUGUGGUUGAGAUUUUCGGUUCUGUUCUUGGACUUUUCGGUCUUAUUGUUGGCUUGUUAACCACUGGUAAAGCUGCUGAUUUCCAUUAAGCAUUGUAUACAUAGUUUAUUCAUCGUCAUGAUACAGCAAUAAAAAGAGAUUGUUUCUUUACAGUGUCAAACAAUAGCUCAUGUGUGUGUGUGUGUGUAUGUGU